GGGCCCCUGGAUGAGCUCCUUUCGGCUCCCCCUCCCGCGGCCCCCCGUGCCUGUCACUUUCUGCCUGAGUUCUCCCCUGCCCUCGCAUGCCUUCCCCUUCCCUGGCCGUGCGCUCCUUCUUGCAAGCGGGGGUGUCCUUGCGGGAGAGGCUGCUUCAAACACGGAUGCACAGAGAGGUCUUGCAGCACCUCCGGGGGCAGAAGCGCUCUGGGAUGAGAUGGACAGCAUCCGCAUGAAUUAGAAAACAGGUGAUAAAGGGGUUGGUUGGCUGAAGAUUUCAAGAUAUUUCGCAAUAAAGAUUUAUAUCCAGGACAUUCGGUUGCAGUAAGGAGUUGGCAGAGAAUGUUUGGUGCGCGUUUUGUCAGCCUGGCUCUUCGCCGCUGUUCCUCUGCUCCGUGUCCCAAGCGUGCUGUGACUCCGAAGCUGCUACGGGUUCAAGAGGCACUGGAUGUCCGGGAUCCAGCCGAAUGUGAUAUUAAAGUUCAGGGCUGGGUCCGCUCCAUCCGGUCCCAGAAAGAAGUCUUGUUCGUCCAUGUCAACGAUGGAUCCUCGCUGGAAAGUCUCCAGGUGGUGGCUGACCCACGAUUGGAACCCAGGGAGAUGACAUUUGGAAGUUCUGUGGAAGUGCAAGGAAAACUGAUCAAAAGUCCCCACAAAAAGCAGAACGUGGAGUUGGCUGCAGAAAGCAUCCGUGUGGUGGGAUCUUGCGACGUUCUGGCAUUCCCUCUGAAGUACAAAACCCACCAGUCCCUGGAAUACCUGAGACAGUACCCUCACCUGCGGUGCCGAAGCAAUUCACUGAGCGCCCUCCUUCGAAUACGCAGCGAAGCGACAGCAGCGAUCCACUCCUUUUUCAAGGACAACGGAUUCAUGCUUAUUCAUACCCCAAUCCUUACCUCCAACGACUGCGAAGGUGCUGGGGAAAUCUUUCAUGUAGAGCAUGCACAUGAAGAGAAAGAAGCUGGAAAAAAUCCCCAUUUCUUCGACAUCCCUGUGUUUCUCACUGUCUCUGGACAACUGCAUUUGGAAGUGAUGGCCGGGGCAUUUACCAAGGUGUUCACUUUUGGUCCAACCUUCCGGGCUGACAAUUCGCAAAGUCGCAAGCACUUGGCAGAGUUUUACAUGGUGGAAGCCGAGCUGUCGUUUAUUGAGAGCCUCCAGGAUAUCAUGCAGGUCAUGGAGGACCUCUUCAAGAAAGUGACGGACAAGGUGCUCUCCGCAUGCCCUCGCGAUGUUGAGCUUUUUCACAAGCGUGUCGCCCCUGGACAAGAGGCCAAGUUGGAACAGAUGCUGAAGAACAAAUUCGCAAAGCUGUCAUACACUGAAGCAAUCGAGAUUUUAAAGCGAGCUCGUCAACUAUUCACUUUCCAGCCAGAGUGGGGCCAGGAUCUUCAGAGUGAACAUGAGAGAUACUUGGUGGAGCACUGUGGGAACAUCCCCGUCUUCGUGCUGAAUUAUCCAUAUGACCUCAAGCCAUUCUAUAUGCGGGACAACGAAGAUGGCGUCCAUCACACAGUGGCAGCGGUUGAUCUUCUGGUACCAGAAGUUGGAGAACUUUGCGGAGGCAGCUUGAGAGAAGACCGGCUGGACUUUCUACAGUCCCGCCUUCAAAGGUUGGGGCUUGAAGAGACCUAUCAAUGGUACCUAGAACUGCGUCAGUUCGGCUCAACUCCACAUGGAGGGUUUGGAAUGGGGUUUGAGCGUUACCUCCGAUGCAUCUUGGGAGUGGAAAACAUCAAGGAUGCCAUCCCAUUCCCACGGUUUCCUCACUCCUGCGUUUUUUAAUGCUCCACCUCAUCUCCUCUGGACGGGACUUUUUUCUGCCUUUACGAAUUCAUGGCCUGCCUGGAUUACAGAAAGCUGCAUUGUCGGGAAUAAGAUAGGUGUAUUUUUAUUUGCAAUGAAUAAUUUUAUCGUAAACUUGGCACGGAAGGCUUGAAGUUUGGAAGCUAAGGUAGUUUUACGUAUGUGUGCAGGCUUCUUAAAUGGGCAGAGUGCUUUGCGGGAUCUGAAAUGGACAGCUGGUUGUAUCCUGGCCAUAACUAGACUGAAUAAACCUAAACUUGAUUGGGAGUUCA